AUGAAAGGGAAAACAAUGUGUUAUUCUUUAUUUUUUUUUAAAGAACAUAUAAAAUGGUAUACUAUAGUAAUAUUUGUUUUUUUUAUGAUAAAAUAUACAAAUCAAAUUAAACUUACACAACAUGGAAAUAUAAUAACAGCAAAAAAUAGUAAUGGAAAUGGGAAUACAAAUUUAUUUUGGGGAAAUAAUGGAGCCAGAAAUAUAUUUGGUCGAACUACCAAACGUCGAAAUCCGUUUGCUUCCAUCGGGGCAAUGGUUAAUGAAAAAAUAUCCAACCAAAAUAAAAAAAACCAAAAUGAAAUAUUUGGAAAAAUUGCGGUUGUAGGGACACCCAAUGAAACCAACAAAAAGUAUAGUGACAUUGAAUAUGACGCAAAAGAAAGUGAUACAGCAAGUAGUGAUUUUAAACUAAAUUAUGACAAACCCAAAUUUAUUAAAGAAGAAAAUAUAAACAAUGAAAAAAAAAAUGAUAAAUUUAUAAAAACAUUACCAAAGGAAGUAAAUCUUAUUGAUGAAGAACAGACACAUAACUCCGUUUUUUUAAAUAAUAAAAUUGAUGAACCUAUUUCAAAAAACGAAGACGCCUCCAAAAGCGUUAUAAAUAGUAUUUUUAAAAAUAUAUGGGGAAGUAAUAGUAAUCCAAAAUCUCAGGAUUACAACAAGGGAAAUGGCAAUGGUGGGGAUGGAGAAGAUAACAAGAAUGAACAGAAUGACCAUAACGAUAAAGGUAGAAAAAAUGAACGUGAUGAAAAAGGGUUAAGCUUUGAAGAGGCAGAUAAUGAGACAAAUUUUCUUUUAAAAGCUUUAAAUUCAGGAAAGUUUCCAAACUAUUGUCUUGUCGAAAAUAUCGAUGAAAAUGCAGAUAAUUUUGAUAUAUAUAUGAGUAAAGAAAAAAUGAAAGAAUUAAAUAUUAAUGAUGGAUAUACAAUUUUAUUAAAAGGAAAAAAAAAAAAAGAAAUGGUAGGUAUAGCUAGAGAAGAUGAUCGAUUAAAUAAAUAUUCUGUAACUAUAUCAUUUUCAAUGAAACGAAAUUUAAGAUUAAUGCAUAAUGAUAUAAUAAAAAUAUAUCCAUUAUCAAAUAUAAAAAAUAUAAAAAAUGUAAUAGUAAGCCCUUUUAGUGAUACUGUAAAUAAUAUAACAAAGGAAGAAAUUGAAAAAGAAAUAUUAAAUACUUAUUUAAAAAAUAGUUAUAAACCAUUAAGUGUUGAUAGUACUAUAUAUAUUAAUUAUAAAAAUAAAAGAAUAGAAUUAAAAGUAUUAAAAAUAAUAACACAAGAUGGACAAAGUGAACAACAUGGUUGUUUAACUAAUACAUCUCGACUAAGUUUAUCUGACACAUUUUUAAAUAGAGAAGAUUACGAAGAAAAUACAGAUGAUAUAAACUAUGAAGAUUUAGGAGGUAUGAAAAAACAAUUAAAUAAAAUUAGAGAACUUAUUGAGUUACCUUUAAAAUAUCCUGAAAUAUUUAUGAGUAUUGGAAUAUCAGCACCUAAAGGUGUAUUGAUGCAUGGAAUACCAGGAACAGGAAAAACAUCUAUUGCUAAAGCAAUUGCAAAUGAAAGUAAUGCAUAUUGUUAUAUUAUUAAUGGACCUGAAAUAAUGUCUAAACAUAUAGGUGAAUCAGAACAAAAAUUAAGAAAAAUUUUUAAAAAAGCAAGUGAAAAAACACCAUGUAUUAUAUUUAUUGAUGAAAUUGAUUCUAUUGCUAAUAAAAGAAAUAAAAGUAGUAAUGAAUUAGAAAAAAGAGUAGUCUCACAAUUAUUAACAUUAAUGGAUGGACUUAAAAAAAAUAAUAAUGUUCUUGUACUUGCUGCAACAAAUAGACCUAACUCUUUAGAUCCUGCAUUGAGAAGAUUUGGAAGGUUUGAUAGAGAAAUAGAAAUACCAGUACCAGAUGAACAAGGUAGAUAUGAAAUAUUAUUAACUAAAACUAAAAAAAUGAAAUUAGAUCCAGAUGUUAAUUUAAGAAAAAUUGCAAAGGAAUGUCAUGGAUAUGUCGGGGCAGAUCUUGCUCAACUUUGUUUUGAAGCCGCUAUACAGUGCAUAAAGGAACAUAUCCAUUUUCUCGACCUUGAAGAAGAAGAUUUUAUCGAAUUUAUGAAACUUAGUGUAGAUGGUAAUACUGAUGAAAAUGGAGAUAGCAAUAAAUCUGAACAUACAGAUGGAAAUUCUAAUUUUGAAGGGGGUGUAAAGGGUCUAAAAAAUGUUUUUCGAUUAGGAAAUCAAACUCGUACUGAACAAGCUAGCCAAAAUAAUAACAAAAAUAUAAAAAAGUCCGGUGAUAAAUUUGAUCAAAAAACAAAAAGAAUACCAUCCUAUAUAUUAAACAAAUUAACAAUAAAAGCAAAACAUUUUCAACAUGCCCUUAAUAUAUGUAAUCCAAGUUCAUUAAGAGAAAGACAAGUUCAAAUUCCAACAGUAACUUGGGAUGAUAUUGGAGGAAUGCAAUAUGUAAAGGAACAAUUAAAAGAAACAAUUUUAUAUCCAUUAGAAUAUAAACAUUUAUAUAAUAAAUUUAAUUCAAAUUAUAAUAAAGGUAUUUUAUUAUAUGGUCCUCCAGGAUGUGGUAAAACAUUAUUAGCAAAAGCUAUUGCUAACGAAUGUAAUGCAAAUUUUAUUUCUGUCAAAGGUCCUGAAUUAUUGACAAUGUGGUUUGGUGAGUCAGAAGCUAAUGUAAGAGAUUUAUUUGAUAAAGCUCGAGCUGCAUCUCCAUGUAUUAUUUUUUUUGAUGAAAUUGAUUCUUUAGCAAAGGAAAGAAAUAGUAAUAAUAACAAUGAUGCUAGUGAUCGAGUUAUAAAUCAAAUAUUAACAGAAAUUGAUGGCAUUAAUGAAAAAAAAACAAUUUUUAUUAUUGCGGCUACAAAUCGACCCGAUAUAUUAGAUAAAGCACUAACAAGACCAGGUCGUUUAGAUAAAUUAAUUUAUAUUUCUUUACCCGAUUUUAAAAGUAGAUGCAGUAUCUUUAAAGCUAUAUUAAAAAAUACACCUCUCAAUAAAGAUGUUGAUAUAAAUGAAAUGGCAAAAAGAACAGAAGGUUUUUCAGGUGCCGAUAUUACAAACUUAUGUCAAAGUGCAGUUAAUGAAGCAAUUAAAGAAACAAUACAUUUAAUAAAUUUAAAAAAAGGAAAAUCCAAUAAAAAUGACAAAAAAAAAAAAUCUCGAGGAGGACAAAAUCAGUUAGAAAACUAUGAUCCCGUUCCAACUCUUUCAAAAAAACAUUUUGAUGUUGCAUUUAAAAAUGCACGAAUUUCAAUACAACCAGAAGAUGUUCUUAAAUAUGAAAAAUUUAAAGAAAAACUUUCUUUGAAGUCGCAUAGCUAA